AACCAAAUGUGGUGUGGAUUUCCGUCCUUUUCUAAUAUCUGCCAUUUCAUUCAUUGUGUAUGUGGCAGCUGCGAGUGUCCAAUUAUUCGUCAUAUUUCGCGGAAUAGAAUUAAAAUCCACCCCCUAAUAUUUAUUCUUCAUGUAGAAUUUAACAGAACAACUCCGCGAUUAUAAAGGGUCGCAUUUAUUUCGUUUCGGUCUAGUUAAACCGAGGAGUCCAGUAACCAUGGCGCAAGUUUUACCCAUACGUUUUCAGGAACAUUUGCAGCUCACAAAUGUGGGCAUCAACCCAGCGUCCAUAUCCUUCAACACUCUCACCAUGGAAUCGGACAAAUUCAUCUGUGUCCGAGAGAAGGUGGGCGAGACAGCUGAGGUGGUCAUCAUUGAUAUGGCCGAUCCCACCAACCCAAUCCGGCGGCCAAUCAGUGCAGACUCCGCCAUCAUGAACCCAGCAAGCAAGGUCAUUGCUCUUAAGGGCAAGGCCGGAGUUGAAGCUCAAAAAACACUGCAAAUCUUCAAUAUCGAGAUGAAGUCCAAGAUGAAAGCGCACACGAUGACUGAAGACGUUGUGUUCUGGAAGUGGAUUUCCCUGAACACCCUGGCUCUGGUCACCAAAAUGUCCGUAUACCACUGGUCCAUGGAGGGAGACUCCACGCCGGUGAAGAUGUUUGACAGACAUUCGUCGCUCGCCGACUGCCAGAUCAUCAACUACAGGACUGACCCGAAGCAGCAGUGGUUGCUGCUUGUCGGUAUCUCCGCGCAACAGAACCGCGUGGUGGGCGCCAUGCAGCUGUACUCUGUUGAGAGGAAAUGCUCGCAGCCGAUCGAGGGCCACGCGGCUUCGUUCGCGACCUUCAAGGCUGAAGGCAACGCUGAGCCAUCCACGCUGUUCUGCUUCGCCGUGAGGACCGCACAGGGCGGCAAGCUGCAUAUCAUCGAGGUGGGCCAAACCCCCGCCGGCAACCAGCCGUUCCCAAAGAAAGCAGUGGAUGUGUUUUUCCCAGCGGAGGCCCAGAACGACUUCCCUGUGGCUAUGCAGGUGUCGCCCAAGUAUGACGUCAUCUACCUCAUCACGAAGUACGGCUACAUCCACAUGUACGACAUCGAGACUGGCACCUGUAUCUAUAUGAAUAGGAUCUCCUCUGAUACCAUCUUUGUCACCGCGCCUCAUGAAAGCACAGGAGGGAUUAUUGGUGUGAACCGCAAAGGCCAAGUGCUCUCCGUGACCGUUGAAGAAGAUUCAAUCGUUCCAUACAUCAACACAGUUCUCCAAAACCCUGAGUUGGCUCUCCGACUAGCUGUGAGGAACAACCUCGCUGGUGCUGAAGAACUGUUCGUGCGGAAAUUCAACAUGCUCUUCACUAACGGACAGUAUGGAGAGGCAGCUAAGGUGGCAGCAAUGGCCCCGCGCGGCAUUCUGCGAACUCCGCAGACGAUCCAGCGUUUCCAGCAGGUGCCCACGCAGCCUGGACAGACCUCCCCGCUGCUGCAGUACUUCGGCAUCCUGCUGGACCAGGCGCAGCUGAACAAGUUCGAGUCGCUGGAGCUGUGUCGGCCUGUGUUGCUGCAAGGUCGCAAACAACUGCUAGAGAAGUGGCUGAAGGAGGAGAAGCUGGAAUGUUCAGAAGAGCUGGGCGACCUGGUGAAGCAGGUGGACCCCACACUCGCACUGUCGGUGUACCUGCGGGCGAAUGUGGCCAGCAAAGUCAUACAGUGCUUCGCUGAGACCGGCCAGUUCCAGAAGAUUGUGCUCUAUGCCAAGAAGGUCGGCUACACCCCGGACUACAUCUUCCUGCUGCGUUCCGUGAUGCGCACGAACCCGGAACAAGGCGCCGGUUUCGCCGGAAUGCUGGUGGCGGAGGACCCGCCGCUGGCGGACAUGAACCAGAUCGUGGACGUGUUCAUGGAGCAGAACAUGGUGCAGCAGUGCACUGCAUUCUUGCUGGACGCCCUUAAGAACAAUCGACCUGAAGAGGGACCUUUACAGACCAGACUGCUGGAGAUGAACCUGAUGUCGGCGCCCCAGGUGGCCGACGCCAUCCUGGGCAACGCGAUGUUCACGCACUACGACCGCGCGCACGUCGCGCAGCUCUGCGAGAAGGCGGGGCUGCUGCAGCGCGCGCUGGAGCACUACACCGAUCUCUACGACAUCAAGCGGGCGGUGGUCCACACCCACCUGCUCUCCGCCGAUUGGCUCGUCACGUACUUCGGCAGCCUCUCAGUGGAGGACUCCCUCGAGUGCCUGAAGGCAAUGCUGCAAGCCAACAUCAGACAGAACCUUCAGAUUUGCGUGCAAAUAGCCACCAAAUACCACGAACAAUUGACCACCAAGGCUUUGAUUGAGUUGUUCGAGAGCUUCAAGACUUAUGAAGGGCUGUUUUACUUCCUCGGAUCGAUUGUCAAUUUCAGCCAGGAUCCGGAAGUGCACUUCAAAUAUAUACAGGCGGCGUGCAAGACUGGCCAAAUCAAGGAAGUGGAGCGUAUAUGCAGAGAGUCGAACUGCUACAACGCUGAGCGUGUGAAGAACUUCCUCAAAGAAGCGAAACUCCCCGACCAACUGCCUCUGAUAAUAGUGUGCGACAGAUUCGACUUCGUGCACGACCUGGUGCUGUACCUCUACAGGAACAGUCUGCAGAAGUACAUCGAGAUCUAUGUGCAGAAGGUUAACCCGUCUCGUCUGCCGGUCGUCGUCGGUGGUCUGUUGGAUGUGGAUUGCGCAGAAGAUAUCAUCAAGAACCUGAUUCUGGUGGUCCGCGGGCAGUUCUCCACAGAUGAGCUGGUGGCUGAAGUCGAGAAGAGAAACAGAUUGAAGCUGCUGCUGCCGUGGCUGGAGACGCGCGUGCACGAGGGCUGCAACGAGCCCGCCACACACAACGCGCUCGCCAAGAUCUACAUCGACUCCAACAAUAACCCCGAGAGGUUCCUCAAGGAGAACCAGUGGUACGACUCGCGCGUAGUGGGUCGCUACUGCGAGAAGCGAGACCCGCACCUCGCGUGCGUGGCGUACGAGCGCGGCCAGUGCGACCGCGAGCUCAUCGCCGUCUGCAACGACAACUCUCUCUUCAAGACGCAGGCGCGCUAUCUCGUGCGCCGCCGCGACCAGGACCUCUGGCUCGAGGUGCUGGCGGAGGCCAACCCCUACAAGCGGCAGCUCAUUGAUCAGGUGGUGCAAACAGCUUUAUCCGAGACCCAAGACCCCGAAGACAUCUCAGCAACAGUGAAGGCGUUCAUGACAGCGGAUCUGCCCAACGAACUGAUUGAGUUGUUGGAAAAGAUCGUUCUGGAUAACUCUGUGUUCUCUGACCAUAGGAACUUGCAGAACCUGCUUAUUCUUACUGCAAUAAAGGCGGACCGAACCCGCGUAAUGGAGUACAUCAACCGCCUGGACAACUACGACGCACCGGAUAUCGCCAACAUCGCCAUCAACAACGAACUGUACGAGGAGGCCUUCGCCAUCUUCAAGAAGUUUGACGUCAACACCUCCGCUAUUCAGGUGUUGAUCGAGCAAGUGAAAGACCUAGAGCGGGCAUACGAGUUCGCUGAGCGCUGCAACGAGCCCGGAGUGUGGUCGCAGCUGGCCAAGGCUCAGCUGCAGCAGGGGCUGGUGAAGGAGGCCAUAGACUCCUACAUCAAGGCUGACGACCCCUCGGCCUACAUGGAUGUGGUUGCUACUGCCACUAGAGAACAGUCUUGGGAGGAUCUUGUGCGGUAUUUACAGAUGGCCCGCAAAAAGGCACGCGAGUCGUACAUCGAGUCCGAACUUAUAUACGCUUACGCUCGAACUGGACGCCUCGCCGACUUGGAAGAGUUCAUAUCAGGACCGAACCACGCGGAUAUUCAGAAGAUUGGUGACCGCUGUUUCGACGAUAAGAUGUAUAACGCUGCCAAACUGUUGUACAACAAUGUCAGCAACUUCGCCAGGCUCGCCAUCACACUGGUUCAUCUCAAGGAGUUCCAAGGCGCGGUGGACAGCGCCCGUAAGGCCAACUCGACGCGCACUUGGAAGGAAGUUUGUUUCGCGUGCGUCGAUGAGGGAGAGUUUAGACUCGCGCAGAUGUGUGGACUCCACAUCGUCGUGCACGCGGACGAACUCGAGGACCUCAUCAACUAUUACCAGGACCGCGGCCACUUCGACGAGCUGAUCAGCCUGCUGGAGGCGGCGCUGGGGCUGGAGCGCGCACACAUGGGCAUGUUCACGGAGCUGGCCAUCCUCUACUCCAAGUACAAGCCCGCCAAGAUGCGGGAGCAUCUCGAGCUCUUCUGGUCCAGGGUCAACAUUCCCAAAGUGCUCCGAGCGGCAGAACACGCCCACUUGUGGUCGGAGCUGGUGUUCCUGUACGACAAGUAUGAGGAGUACGACAACGCGGCCCUCACUAUGAUGCAGCACCCGACUGAGGCCUGGCGCGAGGGACACUUCAAGGAUAUCAUUACUAAAGUGGCGAACAUGGAACUGUACUACAAAGCCAUCCAGUUCUACCUGGACUACAAGCCGCUGCUCCUCAACGACCUGCUGCUGGUGCUGGCGCCGCGCAUGGACCACACGCGCGCGGUCGCGUUCUUCACCAAGGCCGGGCACCUGCAGCUGGUGAAGGCCUAUCUGCGCUCCGUGCAGAGCCUCAACAACAAGGCCGUCAAUGAGGCGCUUAACUCGCUGCUCAUUGAUGAGGAGGACUAUCAGGGACUCCGGACGUCAAUAGACGCGUUCGACAACUUCGACACGAUUGCGCUCGCGCAGAAGCUCGAGAAACACGAGCUCACCGAGUUCCGCAGGAUCGCCGCAUACCUCUACAAAGGCAACAACAGAUGGAAGCAGAGCGUGGAGCUGUGCAAGAAGGACGCGCUGUACGCGGACGCCAUGGAGUACGCGGCGGAGUCGCGGCAGUCUGACGUCGCCGAGGAGCUGCUCAACUGGUUCCUCGAGCGCGACAACUACGAGUGCUUCUCCGCGUGUCUCUACCAGUGCUACGACCUUUUGAAACCUGACGUGGUGAUCGAGCUAGCAUGGAGGCAUAACAUCAUGGACUUCGCCAUGCCAUUCCUUAUUCAGACGGUGCGCGAGCUGACGACGAAGGUGGAGAAGCUGGAGCUGGCGGACGCCAAGCGCAGCUCCGAGAGCGCGGAGCACGAGGCCAAGCCCGCCAUGAUGAUCGAGCCGCAGCUCAUGCUCACCGCCGGUCCGUCGAUGGCGUACCCCGGCGUGGCGGCGACAGCGUCCCCGUACGCGUACGCGGCGCAGGCGCCGUCACCCGCGCCCUACCACGGCUACGGCAUGUAGGGCUGCCGGCUACACCACCGGCCGCCUCAUCCAGAUACGGACUUACCAUUUGUCUCGAGUUCUUCUACGUUCACCCAGACAACUACGUUUUGACUCGCCUGUUUGAGGGCUUGUUUCACCGCUUGCUAGUAAUGUGUGUGCUUACAUGUAUAUAUAUAUAUCGAGCGUUAAAAUUUGUUUCAUUACUGUUAGAGCUAACUGACAAACGUGCUACAUAUAUUUUAUCAGAAAAUGGCCAAACACCUAAGGGUUUGGCCCUGUUUGACCCCUUUCUGAUAUCAUAUUUUAAUCUGUCAGAUAAACUGCUAGAUAAAUAUGCCCGAAGUGAUUGGCCAGUUAGCCCUAACACUUGUGUGAAACAAUUCGUAUUUAACUGUUUGAUAUGUUCAUGUAAGCUAUCAGAUACUUUAUCAGCAAGCGAUAAAAUAACCCUAAAUCUUGUUUAUACUGAAAUGGUCCAAGCUUCUGCGGUUGCUGCGGUUUCUGAAAGUAAAUCUGCAUGUUUGUCAUAAUAUGACAGUACCGAAAUUAUUAUUAUCUCAUUAUUAUAGCUAUAUAGUAGCUAUUUAUUCUGAAGUCUAGAUUCUAGAUGGAUGGUAAAAUGUAAAGAAGAUGGCGACGUCCCCCCCACAUAAUGAAGUCGCAGCCACUCAGUGCACUUGCGACGGAACCCUGGCUCUGUAUUAUAAGCGGUCUACUUAUGAUAAUUAAGUUUCACACUCCCGAUCGCCUCCGAGGCCUAAUUUUUGAUUUAAUAUUUAUUCCAUACGUGUAAAGUAUUAUUAGGCAGUCGAAAGUGCACCGAGUUAUAUAGCUUUACGUCGGCUGUAUGGAGUUUAAAGAUUGUUUAGCCUGUACAAAUUAUAUUAAUAUAUUGAUUGAUCGCUGCUUAGCUCUCAUGACUGAAGUGCUUUAUUUUUACAAAGAAUGAGAGCUAAUUAGGAAAUUGGCUUUGCAACGGGUUCCACGUUAGUGUUGAUAAGUGUACACAGAUUGUGUAUGUAUAAUACGCCAAGUUAUUAUAUGGUGCGAUGUGUAUCUUCAAGUUAGAUGUGGUAUCUCAAUGCGAAAUAAUAUUCCAACGCGGCACCUGUAGUAAACGUCCAACUUGUUUGAAAAAAUAAUUCUGUUAGUUAUUACGAUGCGAAAUACAAGUAUAUCUAUACCCAUCAAAAAUUAUUAAUGUUAAAGAUGUAUAAUAAAUUAUCGGAAUAUAAGUGCACUGUUCGCAGGCCAGUGUUUUCUAGAAGGCAGCUGCGACCAAACUUAAUGUUUCGCCGUAGUAAUUUAGCUCUGCCACGUUUUGUACGUGCAUAAAUUUAAAUACAUUUGUCUAUGUAGAUAAAUCAAUGUACAUCGCGAUAAAGUCCACGUUUACUACAAUUAGGUAUUUGAUUUUUAUUAAUAUUAUGGAACUACUCAUAUUUUUUUGUAUAAUAGAUGUUUGAAUUGGUUAUUUUUAUACAAAUUAUUAUAUAAUAUUAUGGUCCGAGACAAUCAUACAGUGCAAUAAUGUUUGAGGUUCAGACCUUAAGACAUUGGAGUUGUACUUGCAGGCACGGGUUCAACUAAAGUUUGUUCAUAAAUCAGGUAAUUUAUAGAAGUUAUUUCUUCAUUUUUCGGUCAUUAGUUCUACUCGUCUCGAGAUCCGUGCUAGCAGCCACAUAAAAGAAAAUUAUGUAGAGAUCAUAUCCAAAAGUCUACUUGUUAUAUGUAUAUAAUGGAAUGCACCCAACAGUGGGUGUCAGUGGAAAUUAUUUGAAAUUUAACACCGGAUUCGUGGUUUAUGAUAAAUGAAUAUUUUCUAGAUACGUUUAGGUUUAGUUUAGGCGGAAUAGUUAGCGGUACGAUGUUUAUUUUUGAGUAAUGUUCGCGUACGUGUGCAAGACUGUAAUCACGCGUGAUGCUUCAGUUGAAUUUGUAUUAUCACAUUGAUUGAUGCCUUCACUAGAGUAUAUAAGAAAAUAUGUACCCGCGAGGCAGUCUGGGUCAGUAACUAUGUUAUGUCUAUAAACGUAGAUCAUUUUAAUAAUACUGACAACUUGAUCCCAGGAGCCUUAUUGUUAGCAUAAAGUAAUUUGAUAGACUCCAAGCAGCAUUGCAGAAGUGUAAUAUUGCGAUCGAGAGUCGACUCGAUAAAUCAUCAUAAAUUCAUUCAAAUCAUUCCUAUCAUUAACAAAACAAUGAUCAAUAACGUUGUUAUAAUUCAUUUUUUCUUUGGUAAUAAAUUAAACAAAUUAUUAACUUAACGCAGAAAGAGUUCAUUGUUUAUUAUUAGCAUUGUAUUUAUUCAUGUAUGAUACUGUUUCCUGAAUUUUAUUAUAGUAAGAAUAUAUUAUAUGAAUAAAUA